UGAAAAACAACCGGAUCUGAACGAGGCAGGAACCCACGUGUUCAGCCAGCAGGGAAGCACUAGAGCAGGUUUCAGUGUCUCUAUAGCUUAAGGGGGGGAAAAGCUCUAAAUAUACCUGCUUUGACUCAACUACUUUACUUUAUUACACUCGAGGACAUUUUUAAGAAUGUCUUCGUUCAGGAAAGCGUUGAAAUCCCGGCAGAGAAACCACCAUGAAAGAUCUCAGCCUGGUUUCAGGAAACAUUUGGGAUUGCUGGAGAAGAAGAAGGACUACAAACUUCGUGCAGAUGACUACCACAAGAAACAAAACACUCUUUCUGCUCUGCGAAAGAAAGCUCUGGAGAAGAACCCAGAUGAGUUUUACUUUAACAUGAUCAGCUCUCAGCUGCAGGAUGGAGUUCACGUAGCAAAAAAACCCAAGGAAGAGGUGGAGGUGACAGAGGAGCAGAAGAAAAUGAUGAGGACGCAGGAUAUUAAAUAUGUAGAGAUGAAAAGAGUUGCAGAGGCUAAGAAAAUUGAGAGGCUGAAAGGAGAGCUUCAUCUUCUGGAUGCAGACAGCAAACAAAAAAACAAGCAUACAUUUUUUGUGGAUUCUAAAAAAGAAGUGCACUCAUUUGACCUGGCAGACCACCUCAACACAGCUCCUGAGCUGGUAGACAGAGUGUACAACAGACCAACUCUGAAAACUCUGGAGACAAAGAGCAUACAGGGAGCUGUAGAGCCUCACAGUAUGAAGAAGUUGGCCAAGCAGAGGAACCACCAGUAUAAAAUCCUUUCCCAGAGGAUUGACAGAGAAAAGAAAAUGUUUGUAAUCACCCAGAAGAUUCAGACCCGCAAAGACCUACAGGAUAAGAACAAAAAAGUGAAGGUAAAAAAAGAAACCCCCAAUGCUGCAGCUAUCUACAAGUUUGAGGCCAAGAGGAAACGCUGAGAGGGAAGUAAUCAUCAUGCUGAGAGGAAAUCAACAACUUUGCCAGACAGAAUAUUGUUGCAGCCACGCAGUUUUGUACAUAUUUAUCAAAGACUUUUAGUUUCUUUCAAAUAAAUAUCCAAAGAACAUAACAUUUUUGUGUUUUUUUUUGUUUUUUUUUUUUUAAAAUUGCAUAUGACUUGUGGUUGACCGAGGCCUCACACUGAAUUUGAGGAUGUUGUAUGUGCUCCGGUCAGCAUCAAAAUUGUGGCAGUAGAUUGUAUUCGGUUCUUGUACCAGUAGGUGGCAUUAGUGUUCUUUAUCACCCUGUUAGAGGAAAAAAUAAUCUUGGUGGCUGAAGACAUUAGAACAUGCAUAAAGAGUCAACUAAGCUGAAUGUCACUAGUAUGACCCAACAUGUAGAUUUCAAAGUGUAAUUGUGGUUGUGAUGUUUUCUGUAAGAUGUCACUGAUGUGAUCCGUCUUCGUGUGCUCUCUAAUAGGUUGUGAACUGAGGACGCAACCCUUCAUUCGCAUUUCAAACCUGUCAUAAUAAACCACGAUGUUCCAUUU